UAUUUUUGUUAUUAUGUUAAACCCAUGCCAAAAUCAAAGUUUUACUUAGCUGAAUUAACAUAAAUCAGCUCUUGUUAAUGACGGUUAGAUCUGGUUGGUGCAACACGUGGGGUUAUUUGAUAGAUUAUUAAACAUUAUUAUUGACCAUUGAAACAAGGUUUUGACUCAAACAAACAACCUCGGUUCAUCUCAGCGGCGAUUACAUUAAGGUUGAAAGAUUCAAGCUUUCGUUUAUUGAGUUGUGUGUUUUGUGAUGGAUCUAACCCAACUCAGUCCUGCACAGAUUACUGUGUAUGGAUCUGCAUUCUGUGUCAUGCUUUCUAUGCAUUUCACUAUGCAGUUACUUUCUCAGCAUCUUUUCUAUUGGAAGAAUCCAAAAGAACAAAAGGCUAUUAUCAUUAUAAUCCUCAUGGCUCCUAUUUAUGCUAUUGUAUCCUUUGUGGGUCUCUUGGAUAUUAGAGGAAGUAGAGAGUUUUUCACAUUUUUGGAGUCUGUUAAAGAAUGCUAUGAAGCUCUUGUCAUUGCUAAGUUUUUGGCUUUGAUGUAUAGUUACUUGAAAAUAUCUAUUAGUGGGAAUGUUGUGCCUGAUGAAGUUAAAGGAAGGGAAAUUCAUCACUCUUUUCCUAUGACACUUUUUCAGCCUCAUUCGGUUCGGCUGAACCAUCAUAAUCUGAAGCUUCUGAAAUAUUGGACAUGGCAGUUUGUUUUUACCCGUCCGGUGUGUUCCAUUUUGAUGAUUACAUUUCAGCUACUUGGGAUCUAUCCGAAUUGGUUGAGCUGGAUCUUCACCAUCAUUCUCAAUAUUUCUGUUUCGUUGGCCUUGUAUUCUCUGGUGAUCUUUUACCAUCUGUUUGCUAAAGAACUGGAACCACACAAACCUCUAGCGAAAUUCCUGUGCAUCAAAGGAAUUGUUUUCUUCUGCUUUUGGCAGGGAAUGGUGCUGGACGGUUUAGUAGCAGCUGGCGUGAUUCAAUCUCGUCAUUUGAAAUUAGACGUGGAGCACAUCGAGGAAGCAAUGCAGAAUAUUUUGGUUUGUGUAGAAAUGGUGGUAUUUUCUGUUCUUCAACAGUAUGCUUAUCAUGCUUCACCAUAUAGCGGAGAAGUUGAAAAAAUGCUUAAACAAAACAAGAAAGAUGAAUGAUAUGGUAAAAAAUAAAGAACUCGAGUUAUUUAUUUUGCCACUAGAAACAUGAAAACAUUGAUGCUAUAUUGCUAUGUGGAUGUGUUCUUUUGGUAAAGAAUAUUAUUUUGUAUAAUUGUAUUGUACUAGGCUGUUCAUACUCCACUGCCAUAAACUCACCCUCGUUUUGGUGACUGUAAUUUUUCAGCUCUACUAAAGAAACUUGGCUAAUAUUUAAUC